AUGAAUCAUAUGAGAAUGCUAGGAUCUACAAAGAACGAACCAAGCUCUACCAUGACAAAGCAAUUCUUAGGAAUGAGUUUCAACCAGUCUAUAUGGGUUGGACUAUUCAAAGUGCUUCAAGUAUUUCCCCAUGGAGCUAUGGAGAUAGAAAACAUCAAGAAUGUCACCCGUUUUAAGGUCAAUGGACAACGUUUCAAGCCUUAG